GCAAGUCUGCCCCUCACCUUGUCUCUGAAUCACCGAGCUGUUGCUUUGCUUAAGUAGAAGAAGAGUCGUCGUUUCUCCGCGGCUCUCCCCUUCUAGAGCUUUUUCUGCCUGAAUCGGGAACCCUCUAGUUCCCCUCCUGAACUGGGAAUAGCGACAAAAGUCAUGAUCAAAUCUCUUUGACAACAGUCUUUCCUUAUGGCGAAUUACGUUGUCUCAAGAUAUGUCGUCUUUCCUUUUUGGCUUGUGUGAAGUGGGAUUUCUUAGUGGCCUUUUCUCCAUUCGAAUUUCGGUUUCGUCGUCUUGAAAUCCUGCAAAGCGUUGACUCGUUCGCACUAUUUUACACCGUCGGAUUUCUCCCCAUACGAUCCAUCCGCACCUAUUCGACAAUCUAGCCCGAGAACAAUUGAAAAGGGCCCUUCAAAACUGUUAACAGGUGUGCUUUCAUGAUUAUGACGUCUGCAACGUCUCCAGGAGACGGUCACCGUCUGUCAUUUGCAAAGAUCGCUGCUUUGCCCCCACCGCUGAAAUCGGAGACGCCAUUUGCAUCUGAUAGGAAGGACGAUUCUCAGCCCCCUGAGGAGCCGGAAUUCUCAGUACCACAGAAUUCAAUCAGAGCUCUAUCCAGCCAUGAAAGCCCGGAAUCCAUCUCUGCUCGGCCUGAUGCCGUUGAUCGAGAUAUGGAUGAUUUGUCCAAGGCUGUUGAAGCAACCAACAUAUUGGGGAAGAAGAACCAGGAAGCUGCCGGGUUCUCCGAAGAGAGCCACGGAAACGGGUCUCUAAGGCGCGAGGAUUCGUUUGAAGACGACCGCACUCACCUCUCAAACUCCUCAACAAAACCAACCAGUUUUGAUUCGAAAAGUAUGGCAUCGGUUACUACGUUUGCAAUGGACGAAAAGGAUUCCUUACGUCCCGAUGACAGUGCUAGCGUACAAGCCAUAGAUGAAGAAGAGUCGCUGUCCGGUCAUGCAUCUGGUGCACCAAACUCACUGACUGGGUCGGAAUCUGGGGCUCGGUUCCGAGAUGGUCAAAGACACCGAAUACCUCUUCACAACCCUCAUUCUGUUUUCAGUGAUGGUCCGCAGCGAGCGAACGGUGGUAUCGCUACUGAUUCUGUCGGCAACAGCUUUGUUGUUUCCGACUCUGAAGCUUACCCAGGUCGACCCAUACAUGGGUUUCCAUCAGAACCGGAUGAGAAGCUCCUUGAAGCUAUGAAGUCUCCAAAAGACCGGCUUCUAAUCCUUCAGCUAGAAGAAAAAGUUAGAAGCUUCAUUCAAAACUCCAAGGAACAAUCUUUGGAACUGCCACCUUCGAACGCGUUCGGUCGACUUCUUGCCCAUAAGUUGGGUGACUACUAUCAUCUUACCCAUUUUGUGGACAAUAAUGUCACAUCAGUUCGACUCCAUCGAACUCCGUUUUGUCGACUACCCACGCCCUUAUCUGUGAUACAUGCUGCCAGUAACAGCACCCCGCCACCUACGGCGCCCGCCAUGAAAAUUAUGCGCCGCACAGACGGGGAGAGGCCUUCAACGGAGGGGAGUAUAGCUGCGAGCUCCUCUGCCCCCUCGAAAGCUACGUCGGAGGCUGGCGAUAGUGGUAACGAUGCAGAACGCGGGGGCUCAUCUUCUGGAGCAACUCCUGCUAAGGACAGAAUGUCUCUUUCAAGAGAAGAACGUGAAGCCAAAUACCAGGAAGCCAGAGAGCGGAUUUUUCGGGACUUUUCAGAGUCUAAGACUCCAGAAAUGAACGGCGAACCCAAUACAAACAUGUCCAGGUCAAGCUCUACAAGUGGACGGAAAAAGACGCAUAGGCAGAAAACGCCUCACGAUGACAGCUUUGAGGCGCGGUCUCAGUUCAAUGCGUACUACCCGGGAAUGCACUAUACCAGUGGGUCCCUGCCCUACAAUAUGGGCAUGCAGGAUCCUUCAUUUUCUAGCCAGCCUUAUAUGGUAGGGCCAGGCGUUGUACCAACCAGCAUGGGGGGCUACAUGCCCAGUCAGAAUGGUGUCAUGUAUCCCGGACAGAUGGGUACAAGCAGCACGUGGCAGAAUGGACCAGCUUCCCAGCAAUUGCCCUAUGGCCCGUAUCCGGUCAAUCAAUCACCCGCGAUGGCCUCAGCGAAGCCUGCUGCACCCAUGAGCAGCUACCCUGUUUCCAAUAAUGUGCAAUUUCAGACUACUCCUGGGGCCUGGUCAUCUCCUUACCAAGGGGCGUAUUCACAACCUUCUCAGCGGAAUCAAGCCCCACUUCCCUGGUCAAGCUAUCAAACUCAGCCGUUGAGUACGGCCACGUACCCAUACGCACAAUAUCCUGGCCAGUCACUGAAUACCGGCCUAGCGAAUCACUCGGGCUCGCAUCCUCUCCCGGGUAGUUUCAGCAGAUCCCACUUCAAUCCCCAAACUCGCUCUUUUGUGCCUGGUGGUGCUACUGGUCCGGUGCGACAGCCAAACAAAAACCACUCGUCGAAUAUUGGCUCUUAUUCGAGCAUGCAGCCAAACGCCCAAUCUCAAUGGGCUAGCUUUCAAGAUGUCAACAGCAAGAACCAGGGACAAAUCCCCGCCAGCAUGGCUCGGGGAGAGUUGUUGGGAGGCAAAGACUCUAUUGCUAAAUGGGGGACACCCUCUCAUCUACCCCCGAAACCACCUCCAUCCGAAGUACCGUCGGACUUUGAAAUGAAGCACCGCAAUGUAAACUCUGCUAGUCACUCUUAUUCCAGCAACGCAGUACCGGCGUCCCAGAACGGCCCGUUAGUUGUUUCAGGAGGCACCGGCGUGCCACGUCCGAGUCAAUAAUGACGGGCUCGAUGGCAUAAUACUGUUGUGUGGAUCAAACUACAUGGUUAUUAUGGCAGUUGGCGAUGAUUGGAUGUUUGUUAUGGAUGUUUGUUAAAUCAAAUCUGCCCAAGGUCGCCAAGCGUUGGCGAACGGUUCGGAAGAUGCCAGACGACAAGAAUACACAAACAUGGAGAUGACUUCAAGUGAAGACAGACAAAGUUCUUUGCUGGGAAACUAGGCACACUCUGGGCAUCGAUCGAUGAACAAAUUAGGGAGGUUAGGGGAUUGACAAUUCUUCACAUAAUAUCAAAGUCUC